AUGGAGAAGUUACUUUUGAUUGCCGGACUGUGCUGCCUGGUUGGGGCUGGGUUGGCAACCUUCCAGCGUACUUCGCCUCCAAUUAUGGGCAACUUUGUGGCCCGUAAUUCUUCAGGCGACAGAGGGCGCUGCCAAGGUCAGGAAGAUGGAGCGAUCUUCCCAUCUGCCAACUGCUCAAACUUUGUGUCCUGCGAGGGAGGACGCGAGCAAGAGGUCGGAUGUCUACCGGAGGGUACCCUUUUCGACUACGAACGCGGAGUGUGCGACCAUCCGGAAUACGUCACCUGCUGGACGGAGGACAACCGUUGCACGGGUCGUGCCAAUGGAACGCUGAUUCCGGCUUCGAACUGCUCCAAUUUCAUCAUCUGCAUGAACGAGCUGGAAAACGAGGAAGUAACCUGUGCUCCAUCUGGAACGCUGUUCGACUACCAGCGUGAGGUGUGUGAUCAUCCCGAGAAUGUGCAGUGCUACGAGGGUGGGGCUUGUGCUGGCCGACCUGAUGGUUCGCUUGCUCCUUCGCGUAACUGUAGCAACUUCUUCCGGUGUGAAAAUGAAGAUAUUGCCGAAGAGAUCCUCUGCCAGCCGCCGGGUACCUACUUUGAUAGUGAACGGGAGGUCUGUGAUCUGCCCGAAAAUGUACAAUGCUUGGAAUCCGGACCAGGGGGCAACAGCACGGAUGGACCACCGACGACGACCGCCGAACCGACGCGUCCUCCGCUAGAUCCAAGCGUCCCCACUGAUCUCUGCCGGGGCGUGACUGUAGGAAUGCUGGCGCACCCAACAGAUUGUACAAGAUACGUCAUCUGUGUUUUGGGUCAACCAAAUGUGCAGCAGUGUCCGGAUAAUUUCAUCUUCAUCGCUGAGCUGGCAACAUGUGGCUUCGGUGACCCGGACACAUGCGUGGGAAGCCAGACAUGGAUUGAUGUGUACCGUCGGGUUACGUCAUAUGCUCGCUAA